CAGCCUCCUAACGCUUUUUUGUGUGGCUAACUUGUGAGCGCUGCGUUACAGAGUCACCGGGUUCCGCAUAGCGGAUUAGUGGAGAGACUUCGAGCCGAGCUCCUAGAGGGAAAUACGGCACAAUGACUUCGACUAACACUUUUCAAGGGCUCGAGGACGGCGGAAAACCGAGCUCGAGGGUUUUGCGACCUCCUGGCGGAGGCAGCAGCAACAUUUUCGGUGGCUAUGAGGAUGAUGCCGGUGCUUCGAGACGGACAAACAAGAUGGCCUCCACGGUUUUCGCCCCUCCAGAGGAGCCUCAAGGAGGCACCAAACGCACCAACCCUCCAGGUGGAAAGUGCAGUGGGAUUUUCACCGAGCCCGAGGCUUCUUCUCCACAACAUAAACCCGUUCCUUCGGGUGGAGCGACUAGCAACAUUUUUGGAGGGCCGGAUCCAAACCUGCCUACAGUUAAAAGUCACCCCAACAAACCAAAGGACAACAUAAGUUUGGGUUCAGCAGUUACAGUUGCAGCACCAGCGCCUCAGCCAAAGAAGCCAGAGGAAGUGAAGAAGGAGGUGGUCGUCUCUCCUCAGGCAACUCCCAAAAAAGAAGCUCCCCCUCCUGAACCCACACCCAGCCAGGAUGGUCAGCCAUCAGAGAAGGACCACGAGCCGCGCCUCGGACCUCGGCCACGUUCACACAACAGAGUGCUCAACCCACCUGGUGGAAAAUCCAGCGUGGUCUUCUACUGACCCAUGUUGUGUGUUCUCUCUCUCUCCCCUUCUCUCUCUCUGCUCUGUCUUAUUAACAUUGCUAUGUACUUUUUUUAAUCCUUCUUCACGUUCUACGUUAUAUUCUUUAUUUUUAUUUUUUUCCAUAUUCUUGGCCUUAGUUUUCCCUCUUGCACUUUCUAACUCAUUCCUUAAACAACCCUCUUCCACGCUGUCUGACGGUUUGAGUAACGGUCGCGCUCAAUCAAUCGAAUCAAACGGUUCCUUUCUCAUCAAUCACACUUGGAGGUUGAUUGUUUCAUGUGAAUGUGCUCUCUGAAUUUGCUAUUGUAUAGAAUACAAAUCUGAUGACGAAAUGUAAAGUGUGUUUGUGUGUGUAACGCUAAACUGGAACCACUGUCAUAAUAAUGGCGCAUGCAUGUAUCUGUCUGAGUGUGUUCACGAUGCAGCAGGCCCACGAUCCCCGUCCCUGUGCUCUGCAAGCUUUGCUGCAUGGUGCUCUUAAAAGUUCAGCCAGUUGUGCUAGAUUGUAGAAAAUACAAAACCAGCAAUAAGUCCUGAGGACUCUGAAGUUUUGUUCUAGCGUAGCUCUGAUACUCGGCUCCAUAAUAGUGUGACGACUUUUUCCUCUUUUUUUUUUUUUUUUUUUUUUUUUUUUUUGGUCCCCCCUCUCCGUGUUGGAAAUCGCAAUGUCCUUGGGUUUUUGAGCAGUAUAGGGAUGUAUCUAUUAACAGCGUCCGCCUGUGCUUGAUAACACGCUGCUCAUGGAGAUGCAGCCCAAUUAUACCAAUAUAAAUGCACUCCAAUACUAGAUCGAACCAAAAAAAAAAAAAGGCUACACAGAUGAUUGGAUUGUAACACACACGUGCAGAAGCAUGGAUUAUUUUGCAAAAAUUAAGUCAUGUCUUUUUGGUUAAAUAAAAAAAAAAAAAAGGUAUUUGAAACAUCGGGAAUAUUCUCUUGCAAGAUAAUGUUCUGAUAUUUUUUGUACCAAAUAUCAAAGUGUUACGUUUUCUCACUUGAAUCUGUUUUUCCUUCAUACACCUUCGAGCUGACGGUUGAUUAUUAUAACUGCAGCAGGGAGGCAGAUGGUGGCACAUGUUUGUGUGAAAGUGUGUUUCUCACAUGCUGAUGGAAGCACUGCCUAAAGUGCCUGUGUGGUUGAAUGGCAAUGUCACAGAAAACUGUGUUACAAUAAACAUCUAUUUUGAUGAUUCA